CUCAAGCAAAAACAGUUCCGCGCCGGUCGAUAAAUGUGUGAUCCCACUAGAGACGAUGGCGGCUUGGUUCGUAAGGAAAACAGGGCGUAUUUUCAGAGAGAAUGGAAUUCGUUCGAUGUAAUGAGAACGUUAACCGUUACAAUUGUGCACUUGUUGUGUCUCUUGGCGCCAUUUAACUAUAAGUGGGAAGCUUUACGGUUCGGUCUGGUGCUCUUCGCGGUUGUUCAGCUCGGCAUCACAUUUUCAUACCAUAGGAAUUUGUCUCACCGGAGCUUCAAGCUCCCAAAAUGGCUCGAAUAUCCUUUCGCCUAUUCUGCUGUUUUAGCUCUUCAGGGCGAUCCGAUGGACUGGGUGAGCAUACAUAGGUUUCAUCACCAAUUCACAGACACAGACCGUGACCCACAUAGCCCUACCGAAGGGUUAUGGUUCAGCCAUGUCUUGUGGAUAUUUGACACUCGUUACAUCAAAUCUAAGUGUGGAAGACGUAACAACGUGAUGGACUUGAAGCAGCAAUGGUUCUAUAGGUUUCUACGAAAGACAAUUGGUUUCCACGUCUUAAUGUUUUGGACCGUCCUCUAUCUCUACGGUGGUUUACCUUACCUUACUUGCGGCGGGGGCGUAGGAGUGGCGAUCGGGUACCAUGUGACAUGGCUCGUAAACUCGGUCGGCCAUCUUUGGGGUUCAAGGUCGUGGAAGACUAAAGACACAUCUCGUAACGUUUGGUGGCUAAGCAUAUUUACAAUGGGAGAUAGUUGGCACAACAACCACCAUGCGUUUCAGUCAUCGGCAAGGCAAGGAUUGGAGUGGUGGCAGAUAGAUAUCACCUGGUACCUAAUUCGACUAUUUGAGGUUCUCGGAUUAGCCACCGAUGUUAAAUUGCCCACGGAAUACCAAAAACAGAAGCUGGCUCUCGCUUGUUCAUCUUGAUUCCAAAACAUGAAAUGCAUGCAUGCACGAGAGAUAAUAUAAGGAGAGACUAAGGUUUUUUUAAUAGCUUUAUUGGGUGUUUUUGAAAUAAGGAAUUUUCUUACGUCCAAGGUUUGUUUGACUUCAUCUUAAAGAUGUUUUGGGUGCGUAGUGGUGGUCUCGAGACUAUGCUCUCCGCGCGAGCAUAUAUUUAUUAUGAACGCUUUAAUUUGAUUUUUAU